GAGCCUCCCGACCGAGGACGACUUCCUCAACUGCGCCCUGAGGGAUAGCCUCGCGGAGUGCUUGGAGUGCAAGCUGCAGGUCAACGCCGCCGCGCGGGACAGCCUCAGCAUGAGCAGGCACGAGGUGAACCCCGUCCUGCCCGCGCUGCGGAUCAUCAAGGAGCGCUGGGCGGAGCUCAAGCGUUUCUCGAUCUGCAGCAUGUACAAAGAGCUCAUGCUGAGAGGCAACAUCGCCUUCGAUUCGGACGAAGAGAUGCUGGCCUUCCUGGUGCAAAGCUCGAACGCCAAGAUCAGUCAGAUCAUUUCGAUUGACGAGCACGCCGAGAUCUCCCGGAGAAGAAAGAGCAAAGAAGAAUAA